GGGAGGGCGACCAGGACCCAGGCCGUCGGGGAGCCGCUGCUCCGGCGACACAGCCCUUAAGGACGCUCCGUCCCAUCCUCGCUUCCCUACUCCGGCUCCUCCAUUUUGGCCUCGGCAGUGGCGGCUGCCGGGAGGAUGUGCCGCCUUCUGGCCGGGGGAAGGAGGAGAAGAUGAAGAAGUACCGGCGGGCCUUGGCCCUGGUCUCCUGCCUCUGCCUCUGCUUCUUGGUCUGGCUUCCCAGUUGGCAUGUGUGUUGUAAAGAGAGUUCUUCUGCUUCAUCAUACUACACUCAAGAUGACAAUUGUGCGCUAGAAAAUGAAGAUGUGCAAUUCCAGAAAAAGGAUGAAAGAGAGGGGCCUGUUAAUGUUGAUUUAUCAGAAAAAGUGGGUUCAGAUUUACCUAUUCCUCAAGAAGAACAUAAGUUAAAAGAUGACUACAUUGUGGAUAUACAAAAUAAGGAAUCAAAAAAAUUAAGUUCCCCUGUCCUUGAGACACUCCCUACAAUUGAUCUCCAUGAAGAUUCUUCUAAUGUGGUUGUGGACAGUGAAAACAUUGACAAUAUUUCCAGCUCAUCUACCUCAGAGAUCACUCCAAUCUCAAAGCUUGAUGAAAUAGAAAAGUCUGGUACUGUCUCGAUAGCCAAGCCAAGUGUAAUUGAGCAUUCUGAAACUAAUUGUGAUGUUGGUGACACCCUUGAUGCAAGUACUCCAGCCGAACAACCUUCCUUUGUCAGUCCACCUGAAAGCCUUGUUGGCCAACAUAUAGAAAAUGUGUCAUCUUCACAUGGCAAAGGAAAGAUAACGAAAUCAGAGUUUGAGUCAAAAAAAGUUACAGCAAGUGAACCAGCUGGUGGUGAUCCAAAAUCUGCAUUGAAUACUUCAGAUAAUUUAAAAAAUGAGAGUUCUGAUUUUAAAAAGGCAGGAGAAAUUGAUCCUUCUCUAGCAAGCCCCAAAGAUCCAGAAGAUAUUCCUACAUUUGAUGAAUGGAAAAAGAAAGUUAUGGAAGUAGAAAAAGAAAGAAGUUUGUCUGCAGGUCAGUCAAUGCAUCCAUCUUCUAAUGGGGGUCAACAUGCCACCAAAAAAGUCCAGAAAAAUCGAAAUAAUUAUGCCUCAGUAGAAUGUGGUGCCAAGAUUUUGGCAGCUAAUCCAGAAGCCAAGAGCACAUCUGCUAUUCUUAUAGAAAACAUGGAUCUGUAUAUGUUGAAUCCUUGCAGCACUAAAAUUUGGUUUGUUAUUGAACUUUGUGAACCAAUUCAAGUGAAACAGUUUGAUAUUGCCAAUUAUGAAUUAUUUUCUUCUACUCCUAAAGACUUUCUGGUUUCUAUCAGUGACAGAUAUCCCAUAAAUAAAUGGAUUAAGCUGGGUACUUUCCAUGGUAGAGAUGAGAGAAAUGUCCAGAGUUUCCCUUUAGAUGAGCAGAUGUAUGCAAAAUAUGUGAAGAUGUUCAUCAAGUACAUAAAGGUGGAAUUUAUAUCACAUUUUGGAUCAGAACAUUUCUGCCCAUUAAGCCUUAUCAGGGUAUUUGGUACCAGCAUGGUGGAAGAAUAUGAAGAGAUUGCUGAUUCCCAGUAUCAGUCAGAACGUCAAGAAUUGUUUGAUGAGGACUAUGCAGAUUAUCCACUGGAUUAUAAUACCGGGGAGGAUAAAUCUUCAAAAAAUCUUCUUGGUUCUGCAACAAAUGCCAUUCUAAAUAUGGUGAAUAUUGCCGCUAAUAUUCUGGGAGCAAAAACAGAAGACCAGACAGAAGGAAAUAAAAGUAUAUCUGAGAAUGCCACAGCACCACAAAUGCCGGAAUCAACUCCUGGUUCAGCUCCUGUCCCAUCACCUGAGUUUGUAACCAGUGAUGUUCCUGGACAUGAAACAGAGCCAUCAACAGCGGACAUACCAAAAGAGGAGAGUCCCAUUGUACAGCUAGUUCAAGAGGAAGAGGAAGAGACAAGUCCAUCUACAGUAACCCUCUUGGGCUCUGGUGAACAAGAAGAUGAAUCAUUACCCUGGUUUGAGUCAGAGACACAAAUAUUUUGCAGUGAACUGACCACAAUUUGUUGUAUUUCGAGUUUUUCAGAAUACAUAUAUAAAAGGUGUUCAAUGAGAGUUGCCCUUAAUCGACAGCACAGCAGACCAGUUGUAAGAGAAGAAAAAGAUGUUCUUUCACCUCAACCACCAUUAAUACCUCCUGUAGAAUCAGUAGCUGAUUCAGUAUUGCAACCUCCAAGUGGAGAAAUGGACAGUAAGAGUAUGGAAAGGGAAGCAGAAACUGUUGCUCUAGGUGACUCAAGUAGCAUGCACCAAAGUGAUUUGGUUAAUCACACUGUGGAAGCAAUUGAACUUGAGCCAAGUCAGCCCCAAACUCUCUCUCAGUCUCCUCUCUUGGAUAUUACUCCAGAAAUCGAUACAUUAUCUAAAAUAGAAGUAACUGAGUCUGUUAAACAUGAAAUGGGACAUACACCAUCACAAGCAAUUCCCCAACAGAGUUCUUCUGUCGAGGUUGAUAAUGAAACAGAAAAGCCUGAGAGUUUCAGUUCCGCAUCUGUGAUCUAUGAAGCAAGUAAAGUGAAUGAGGUAACAGAUAAUAUUGUACAUGAAGACAUAAGCUCCAUGCAAAUUAUGAUAAAGCUAUCUGAAACAGUAGUGCCACCUAUAAACACAGCCACUGUGCCAGACAGUGACAAUGGGGAGGCCAAAACGACUAUAGCUGACACACCAAAGCAAACUUUGACGCCCGUUGUGGAUUCUUCUUCAUUACCGGAAGUGAAAGAGGAAGACCAGUCUGCAGAAGAUGCACUUUUGUCUAUUCCUGGAUCGAGUGGAUUACAAAGGACAGCUACAGAUUUUUACGCUGAGUUGCAGAAUUCUACAGAUCUUGUAUAUGCUAAUGGAAAUCUUGUACAUGGAUCAAACCAAAAGGAGUCAGUAUUUAUGAGACUUAAUAAUCGUAUUAAAGCCUUAGAAGUUAACAUGUCUCUCAGUGGCCGCUAUCUGGAGGAGCUUAGCCAAAGAUACCGAAAACAAAUGGAAGAAAUGCAAAAGGCUUUCAACAAAACAAUUGUGAAACUUCAGAAUACGUCAAGAAUAGCCGAGGAGCAGGACCAGCGGCAAACUGAAGCCAUCCAGUUGCUACAGGCACAACUGACCAACAUGACACAGCUUGUUUCAAAUUUAUCAACCACUGUUACAGAAUUGAAACGAGAGGUUUCAGAUCGGCAAAGCUAUCUUGUCAUAUCUUUGGUUCUCUGUGUUAUCUUGGGACUGAUGCUUUGUAUGCAGCGCUGUCGAAAUGCUUCUCAAUUUGAUGGAGAUUACAUUUCUAGAUUUCCUAAAAGUAAUCAGUAUCCAAGCCCUAAAAGGUGUUUUUCUUCCUAUGAUGAUUUGAAUUUGAAAAGAAGAACUUCAUUCCCACUCAUCAGAUCCAAGUCUCUACAGUUAACUGGCAAAGAAGUAGAUCCAAAUGAUUUGUACAUCGUAGAACCCCUGAAGUUCUCACCAGAAAAAAAGAAGAAACGUUGCAAGUACAAAACAGAAAAAAUUGAGACCAUCACACCCGCAGACCCACCGCACCCCAUAGCCAAUGGAGACAUCAAAAGAAGGAAGCCCUUUACGAACCAGAGAGGGUUUUCGACCGUGGGAGAAGUGUAUCACUCUUCCUACAAGGGGCCUCCGUCGGAAGGAAGCUCCGAGACGUCAUCGCAGUCAGAAGAGUCCUAUUUCUGUGGCAUCUCAGCGUGCACAAGUCUGUGCAACGGACAGUCCCAAAAGACAAAGACGGAGAAGAGGGCUUUAAAGCGAAGGCGAUCUAAAGUCCAAGACCAAGGACAAUUGAUAAAAACUCUCCUACAGACUAAGUCAGGAUCAUUGCCCAGCCUGCACGACAUCAUUAAAGGAAACAAAGAGAUGACUGUGGGAACAUUUGGUGUGACAGCAGUCUCGGGACACAUCUGAAAUCAGUGGAGCUUUUCAUACUGGAGACUCUUUUGUUCUUUCAGGAGCAGUCUGUGGUGUUUGAAGGGGCUGAGCGGGGAGAAGCGACUAAUGGGAGAAGUAUUCAGAAAUUAUGGUUCUACCUGUUCAAAAAGUAGAGGGAUUGUGUCAAUCUUGGUAAUUGAAGCACAGUUUGACAGGGCUGAACACUUCCUACUAUGACAAUGGUAGACAUUUUUUAAAGAUGCUUUUUCACAGAUAAAUUACUGGGACAAAAGUAAUAUGGAAAACCCAGUUCCUUGGGUGGGGUAGGAAUGAAAGCCUAAACUUCUUCCUUUAGCUUUGUUCCUAUUUCUUGCACCUUCCCAUAUUUAUGUGCCUUUUGUCUAUUUAUAAUGCCACUGGAAGAGGAGGGAGAACUUUUCUGUCAUUUGAUUUCUUUUAUAACUUUGUUAGUUUGGAAGCUGCAAACACUACACGGCUUUAAGGUGGUCUGUGCUGAAAGCUUAGCAAUGUGGGUCAGACAGUGUAAAGAUCCAAAAAAACUUGCCAAUUAGAUUUCUGUUUAGCAAACUCACUCACUAUAAACACUCAAGAUUUUCAAAUUUAUUUUUUAGGUAAAUGGUGAUGUUAUUAGUAAUGAUUUUUAUUGAACUCAUUUGGAUUGGAUUACUUUUUCACUUAGUUACUAACUUAAUGAGAUAAAACAUGAACCACCCUACAAGGUCUU